AUGGACGGACGGAGGACCGCAUCACCGCGUCUGCAAUUUUCUUUCAGACCGGCUGCAAACACAUUCCAUGAACUUCUACUCACGAGACAGCAGCUACCUACCGAGUCAGGAGCCAAGAACAGACACGAAAAGCAAGGACAGGAGGAGUGCGUUUUCGCAUCAAACGUCGUCGCUGGCUGCUGGCCCCUUCCGUUCCCCUUACAACUGCUGAUAUCUGUACUGCACCGCUGCUCUAUGGUACCAGUACGAAGAACUAUCAGCAAGACCCACAUCAUGUCCCUGCCAGCCAGCAUCGUGUUGCCCAGCACUCCGGAGGGAGAGACCGUGCGUAGGUACGCUCUCGGACAGUCCGACGCGUCUUUCUUCGCCGAGGGAGCGGCUCCGAUUUUCUCCAAGGACAUGGUGUUCAACGGGCUCCUGUUCAAGCUCAAGGGUGCGGCCAACAUUGUGCCGUUGUUUGCCGAUUUCGUGGCGAACAAGAUCAAGGAAGUCAGAUUCGAGGCGAUUGCCGAAGCUGGUUCAAAGAAGAAAUACUUGGUGCUCUACUACGUCCGACUUGAGGGCCAAGAGUCCGAGAUGCCGUUGGUGGAUCUGCUCACGCUAGACGACGACGGCCUCAUCUGCCGCCUCGAGAACUGCUUCGACACCACCAAGUGCCCGCAGGAGAUCAUCGACGCCGGCGCUCCCACGCUGGUUGGGUUCGAGGGGUAGUCUAGAGUAACAGGAGGAGAGAUGGCAACCCAUCUACGUAGACCGAUUGUCAAAGCUCGAUUGCUCCACGACCAAGCUUGUGCCGACACCAAAAAUUGGGGGUUUUGAAUCAAGGGUUUUCCGUACUGUAGAGGUAUAGGCCUUUUUCGCACCCCCUUGUUAGUGGAGAAUUCAAACUUGAAAGUCGGUGCCGUCUCUCCGCGUCUCACUGCAUAGCUUUCGUUGUUUUUGCUUUUGGCUUUGUCGGCGAAAAGACUGGCGUAUGUGUUGGAAAUAUAGAGGAGUUUUCGGUGUGAAGCAUGUGCUGUAAACAUGACUCGGUACCAGAUACUUUUGACUAGUUUGUCUAGACCCUUGAGUAUGCCACGAUGAAGGAAGGCUGCCCCUCCUGUCCCUGUGUCUCGUUGACGAUACUGUGGUAAUACGUGUUGAAUGUCGAGUGUGGCGUUGUUUGUUCGCGAAGUAGCGCGAUGGAACAAUGGUUUCGAGUUUAGAGAUACCCUGACACUUUUCCAACGAAGAAGACUUGGUUGGUUUGAUGCCCGUGAGUGACGUGCGUCAGACGACGACGCCUCGCUGCAAUGUCUUGCCUUUUCUUCCCCCACGUAGGGGUGAGAAAUCCGCUCUGUCGCCACGCUGUAUGUAGGUUGUGUGGAAAAUGUGUUGGAUUCAGAAAAUCUCCAGCGAGAACACUCUAUAUUCGUGAAAGCACGUUUUCGCAUGCAUCCGCAGAGCACGGCAUGCAGUUUCUAGCUUCUGAGGAGAAAAUGGGUGAACGACACAAUCAUU